CAGAGCACACCUCGUUCAACCUUUGAACAACAUUUCUCCAUUUUACAAGGAGAAAGCAACAAAAAAAAGAAGAAGAAGAAGAAGCAAAACAGGGCUGAUGUGAAAUAUGAGAGUGGAAGAAAAAAAAAAGAGGUGAACUCGCCGGAGCUAGAAGACACGACACACAGGUGACCAGCCUCAUUUGACUGAAGCCAGAGAACACUGGCUCAUAUUUCAACUCAUACAUGAGGAUGACGACGCUGCCUCCACCUUUCACGUGUUACUGGUAACCGAGGAGUCCCCCCCGGUGUCACUCAAGCUCGCCAUCUAGUGGCGGUCUGAAGUAUUAACUCAAGCAGAAAAUCUUCUCAGACAACUAUACCUCCCUCAUCUGGGGAGAUGCCUGCCCUGCAACGGAUCCCUCUCAUCCCAGUUGUGGUUUUUUCCACCUGCUGAAGACCAGACAGCAGUAAGCAGCGUUGGUAUAUUUCCAAACAUCAGUUUGGAGAAGGAAUUAAAACCUCUUGGAAGAGGCUGUACAUCCAACCCUGCUCAUGACCCAUGGCUUCAUGCUAAGAGUUGUUGACGGUGGCCCAAAGCAAGAGCAUCCGACGAGAAGGAAAUCGAGUCUACGUGGGAGAAAAGUAACUCUACAAGAGAGAUUGCACAAAACGAGGAGAAAGCCAGAUGGAAGCAUCAUCUAGUAGCCUGCUCUCCACAGCUACACCAACAGAAACACAUAACGUCACGUUGGCAAGCCAGACGUCGAAAUACAAAUCUCACAACUGGGCGUUCCUGGUGGCCGUCCUGGUCACCGCCGUCUCCAUCUCCGUUCUCAUCGCCCUUCUAGUUAAAUGCCAGGUGGUCCGCCGCUACCUGGCCAGCUACAGGCACACCCGGCUCACGGAGACAGACACCGUCAGCCAGUGUGACCCCGCAGGCCUGGAGGUGGAAUUCGACAUGCAUGGGGGACGUGGAUUUAACCCUCGCUGUAUCCCCGCCGUGAGCGAGGAAGACGACGACGGCUUCAUCGAGGACAACUACAUCCCGGCCAGCGAGAGGGCGAGGGCCGCGAGAGCGGCGGAGAACAUGGAGGACACGGAGGAGGAGAUGGAUGAAAUUGAAUUUAGAAUCGCUUAGCGGGACUCUACACCUCCUCAGAUAUCUAAAACCCUAAAAAAAACUAAAAAUUCCACUUCUGCAUUUUCUUUAUUUGUAAGAUUCAUAUUGUCUAUCAAAGAAUUGUUCUAUGUUAGGAAAGCAUAUCAAUGUUAAUACAAGUGUCUUUAUUGUUAGACUUAUUGCAAGGUACAUUAUUAUGGUCCCCAUAAAGAUAUAUAAUUUUUGUCACGGUUUAUUCGUCAGCAGUAACGGUACUAGUCAUAAUGAUAUGUAUUUUAGUUAUAAGUGAUAUUUUGCCGUCAAUCAUCUUCUUUUUCAAGGAGGGAAAAUGAGGUCAAGAGGUUUUGUGUAAAUAUGGACGUCAACAAAUAUACCUUUGUAUCCGUUGAUCAGUGUUUGGCUGUAUAUUGGUUGGUUGAUUGAUUACUUGAUUUGACAGCAAAGGUUAUGAAAUGUGUAUCGCUAAGACAAAUAAGCACACUUAUGCUGAAUAUGAACAGGAUCAUUGAUGCAUAAGCAAAAGUACAGAUGAGUGUAUAACAUUAAAAAAGCAUUAGUCUA